CAACACCCAACACAAUCGAAAUUCUUCCCUCCGGACCACAGCUACAGCCGUCGGAACCAGCGACAGACGCAAAGGAACGAUGGACUACGGUCGAGAACUUUUACGUCGACAAUUUACAGAACUGAGCCGCAAUCCGCCGGAGGGAGUGAGCGUCGGCUUGGGGGACGACGAAAACCUGUUCAACUGGGAAAUCAUGCUCGUUGGUCCACCCGAUACCUUGUACGAAGGCGCGUUCUUCAAGGCCCGGCUAGAAUUUCCCAAGGAUUUCCCCAACAUGCCACCGAAAAUGACGUUUGUGUCGGAGAUGUGGCAUCCCAACGUGUACCCGAACGGUGUCGUGUGCAUAUCUAUUUUGCAUCCACCUGGUGAGGACCGUAUGAACGCACAAGAGUCGGCGGACGAGCGAUGGCGUCCAAUUUUGGGUGUGGAAGCGAUUCUGGUGUCUGUGAUUUCGAUGUUGUCGGACCCGAACGACGACUCGCCUGCGAACAUUGAUGCUGCCGUCGAAUGGAGGACCAACAAGGAAGCAUUCAAAAAGCAUUGCCGCCGCAUUGUGCGCAAGUCGCAGGAAGACAUUUAAGCCCGAGACGUGUAAAACAGAAAUCGUUCCUCUAACGCAGCUCUCUGUCUCCUUGCCAA